AUGAGCGUUAAACUAACCAAUCCAGAAACUGAUGGGAAUGGAAAUACCAAGAGAAAGGGUAUCAAGGACAAAGUUAAGCUAGCCAUGGAUAGUUUCAAUCAAUAUGAAGAUACCAGUGAAGAUUGUGGAGAUAAUAGCACCAAAUGAGGCUCUGUUUAUACCAAUAAAGCCACAUUCAACAAAAUGAUUGAUGUGAGGCAGAAGGAAGAUGAUACAGACAAAUUUCAGAUUAAUUUGAUCAAUUUGUCUCCUAGAACCACUGAAGAUAACGAAUUCUCCUUUGACACCUCACAGCUGCAGAAGCUUAAGAAUGGCUUGGCUAAGAACAAUAAUGUUAGAAGAAGACAGUGACCAAAGAAGAAUUCGUACGUUUCAAAUGAUAAAGAUCGUGCCUAUCACAAAGACUUUCUGAUAGCUGAAGGCUCGUUUGGAAAAGUUUACCAAGUCACCAAACACGAUAAUGGUAAAAAAUAUGCAAUGAAAGUACUCAACUCCUAUUUUCUUAAAAAGUAUAAUAAAAGUCAUGAAGCAUACGUUGAAAGACAUGUCCUUUCCACAUGCAAGCAUCCCAACAUUGUGAAAUUCAGUAAAUGUCAUAAGGCAGGAGAGUCCUUGUGCUUCAUUUUGGAACUUUGUGAAAAUGGGUCAUUGAAUGACUAUCUUGAGAGAGAGCAUUCAGUCAACCACAAAAUUAUCAAAUUCUUUGCUGCAAGCAUACUCAACGGAAUUGAGUACUUACACAGCAAAGAUAUUGCUCACAGAGAUCUGAAGCCCAGUAAUAUCUUGCUUGAUGAAAAUCUUAAUGUAAAGAUUACGGACUUCGGAACAGCCAAAAUAUUUAACUGCGAAGAUGAGCGUGUAACAAGUGCUCUACAUAAAAGAGCAAAGAGAGAAGAGUCAAGGUCUGCUUCUCCAGUGAAGAAACACAGCUUUGUAGGUACAAACGAGUACCUUUCUCCUGAAGUUCUUCGUGGUCAUGCUCCUUCCUGAGCAAUUGACCUCUGGAGUUUUGGGAUUAUCUUAUACAAAAUGUAUGCUGGUGAAACACCUUUCUUGGCAAAUAAUGAGAUGGAAACUUAUGAAAACAUUAUCAGUGGUAAAAUUUCAAGGGUUAACUCUAUCCCUGAAGAUGCUUGGGAUCUUAUUAGGUCUCUUUUGAAGACAGAUCCAAGAAAGCGUCUAGGUUGCUCAGAUAUUAUCAAUAACAUAAAUUUUAAUGUGAUUAAAUCUCACCCAUAUUUUGAGAAAGUUAAUUUCGAUGAUUUGAAGUUGAAUUUUUCAGAAGAAGAAAAAUGAUUUCCUCAGAGCUCCUCAGAUUCUGAAAACUCAGAGGUGAAUCCGAGCACAAGGCCAACUGUGAAAUCUUUUGCUGUACCAUGACAAAUAGAUGAGGAAGAUGAAGAAGAAUUCUAUUGUAACCGCUUUGACGACACAGCCGAUGACACUGAUAGCCCAAAAAAUUACGAAAAUGUCAAUUCCGUCCCAAGUCUUGACAAUUCUCCUAUCGAUAUCUCAUCGAUGAUCCAGGAGGAUCAUUUUGGGCAUAGACAGCGAAAGCAGUCUAUGAGGCUUCAGGUGAAUCCUUGACGAGUUCCUAUCCUUUUCGAUGAAGAAUCAGACGUUGAGUUCUCUUCAUCAUUGAGUUCAAAGAGCUCAAUGAUCCUAUCCAAGAAAUUCUCUAGAUAGGUCUGGUUCUAGACCAAAUGAGGACCGGAAGUCUUUCUUUCAAUUAAUUUUUGUAAAAUAUUCAUGAAAACGUAGUAAAUUUUUGUUUGGGGUCUGCUCACAAGCUUCUUUUGAUAGCUGUCUUAAGUCAGCCAUCUUUGGGAAAUUAAGGAAUUUAAUUAAAUUAGAAGAUUUCGGCAGAAAAAUAUAAGGAUUUUUCCAUGAAUCUAAGAUUCUUGAAAAAUUUCUCCUUGAUGAAAUUUUAAGGAAAUGUAAGAGACUAUUGACAGCAAAAUUAUUCUUCUGGAACCAAUUUCAGCUUCUAUUUUGAAAUUUUGUUACUAGAUAUGUUGAUGAGUUGCAAAGAUUUUAUUGGGAAUCUGUUUCUCGGUUGUUUCCACAUGAAAAAUGGAUCAUUUUCUGAUAUUAGAGUUGAAAUAAGUUAGUCAAUAACUGUAGACUAUGUUAAAACUAAUAGUUCCUUGCUAAAGCAGCUCUCUUUUGUCAUUUAAACUAAAAUUUUAAGAGAAGGGUUAAGAGUUGAUCACAAAUUUCACCGAGAUUACACAAAAUUUUGUUUGAAAAUGUGUAUCCUAAAUUUUAUCGAAUAUAAAGAAGAUCUGGUGGCCUCAAAAGUUAUAAUCAAAAUUAUACUUAUUUUCAGGAUUCCUUUAUCAUUAGCGAUGUCUUUAACGAGAGCCUUAAAAUAGUCCUUCCUAAUUUUCGCUCAAAAUAUUUCGACUACGACAGUGGUUUUGGCUAUAAAUUUUGUUAAGUUCUAACUCCAUCUAAUCGAUUUUUUACCAAAUUGCUAAAAGAUUCAUCCUUUAAAGUAGGCAGCAAUCUAAACCCGUGCUCAUUGAGGAGUAAUUUCAGGUAUGAAAUGCCAAACAGGUGGAAGAUUUUGCACAAUUUUGGAGUGUUUAAAGGGUCAUAUUCUAAGCUAAGAUUUCAACAUUUCACCCCUUCCCCCUGCCUUUGGCUAAAUUAGAGUAAAUUAGGCAGGAAGUAAUGUAGUGAAUCUACAGCUUUGCUAUGUAAGCACGGUAUUUGUUGGCUUAUUGGAAAAUCGACCCCUUCAGGUUCUAUUUCCAAAUGAAAGUAUCAAAUUUUAUGCUAACUUCAGACCUACUUUCCUUUAGUUUGCGGUGUACACGUUACCAAGAGAAAGCCUCACAGCUGGAUAGUUAGCCUCUUCAGGCAGUUUUACCAAAAAAAUCUUAAUUUGGCUGUAAAAUUUCUAAGUUUCACUUUAGAAUUAAGGAAGAUUUUCAGAUUUUAUCUUGAAGUUAAGUG